GCCUGUCUCUCUUCCCCCACUUCGCGAGCAGGAGGCCUGGCUGGGGUCGCCGUCCGUCUUCCUUUGUCCGCCCACCCCACUACCAUGAUGCUGGCCUCCGCCGGCCCCAGCCCCGGGCAGACGUGUGGGCUGGUGCUGAUCUUCGCCGUGCUCUUGCAAUCUAUCUGCGUGGCCAUCACUUUCCUUUACUUUACAAACGAGCUCCAGCAGCUCCGUGAGACUUACUCCAAAAGCAGCUUUGCAUGUUUCACCAAAGAAAACUUUUUUCUAGAAGACCUGGACCCCAGUUAUAAUGAGGACAGCGACCCCUGCUGGCAAGUCAAGUGGCAACUGUCCAGGCUAAUUAAAAAGAUGAUCUCCCGGAACCAUGUGGAACAAACUUCCUCCAUGGCAAAAGGUGGCAGGUCUCAAGGUCCCACCGCAGCAGAAAGAGAAGCAGCUGAGAAUUCUGUACCAAGAGUGGCCGCUCACUUAACCGCAAGCAGGAAGGUCGCUUUAGCCGCUCAAAAUUCUUCAUACAGAAGCAGAAUCGGAACCAAAAUAAACACGUGGGAGACAUCGAGAGGUGCUCAUUCCUUCCUCUACAAUGUCGACUUGAGGAACGGGGAGCUCGUCAUACCCCAGACAGGCUUCUAUUAUAUCUAUUCUCAAACUUACUUUCGGUUCCGUGAACCCGAAGGUGUGCUGCCUGAUGCGGAACCUGACUCGGACAGCGUUAGGAACCCUAAGCAGAUGGUUCAGUACAUCUCCAAGUUCACAGAUUACCCAGAGCCCAUCUUGUUGAUGAAAAGUGCUAGAACAAGUUGCUGGUCCAAAAAGGCUGGCUAUGGACUUUACUCUAUAUACCAAGGGGGAGUCUUUCAGCUAAAACGCAAUGAUCGGAUUUUUGUCUCCAUCAAUAAUGAGCAGUUGGUGGACAUGGAUAACGAAGCAAGUUUCUUUGGAGCCUUCUUGGUCUCCUGAAAGAGAGAAUGACCAUUGAAAACCUUAAGGGGCUUCUGAAAGAAGUUGAUGCUCCUGUAACGAGGAAAACCAUCAGAAGUGGGAGAAUUACGGAACUGGAAGAACUGUGCAAAAUUAAAGCAGCUCUAAGGACUCCUUUCAUAUUGCCUAAGACUUCAUAGUUCUGGUGCUACUGAAGAACAAAUGGUCCCCCACACCUUCAAUAUCAGUUUUGAAGAAAGGACAAAUGUUUGAAUGGUCGCUCUUCCAUUAUGGAAUUGUAACACAAAGCAAUGUAUUUCUUAAUGAAUUUCUAGCUAGGGAGUCAGAGAAGUCCUGUCCAUAUAAAGCUGCAUACAACCCCAGUUUCUAGAGACAAUAGCACAUAGCGCCACUCUUGAAAUCGCCAAGUUUUUUCUGGCGGAUUUAUGCUGAACUCAACAGAUGGAAAUAUGAAAUUGAGCAACCCUCCUGUGGCUGUGAGGCAGAUCCCUUUUCCUGGCACUCUAGCUUUCCACACUUGGUGAAGUUGUCAAGUCGGGAAGCAUUCAAAGAACAAUUCCUUUUCUGCCCUCAGAAGUAGCGCAAUCCUAGGAGAGUUGUACUAUGGGAUAUUUCCAAAUGUGUUCUUCAUGAUGGACUUUAGGUGCACUCUUGAUUCUGUAUGAUUUCAAAUAAUGGUCGAUUGCUUGGAUUACUGCAAGAUCAGUUAAAUCACCGUAUGCGGGAUUCACAUUAACAGACUGCAAAUUAUUUCCCGUUCCUUUAAAAGUGAGCGAACUGUAAGGAAUUCAUUAUCUUAAUUCGUUCAAGUUUUUCUUUUUAAAGAAACACAAUAGCCAAAAAUUAAACAUUCACAUGGAGCCCAGAAAAGCAUUUAAGCACGAAUACUAAAAUUGGAGUUGCCAAAUGACACCCCCCACCCCAAAUAGGCACAUGAGUUGGUUAACAAAAAGUUGGCAACAUAAAGAUGAUUGAAAGCUGUGAUGCUGCAGAUGAACUUGAAACGUGGAGCAUCCUUGAUUGUUUGGCUGCUCCAGAAGUGUGUAAAUCGUGUGCAGGGGGUGGGGAGUCAUGGUAAUGUUUACGCUAUAUAAAAUUUCACCUGAUUUCAGCAUAUCAUGCUGACAGCUUUGUUGGAAAUGUAGGUAUAUGUAAUGCCUUGAAAGAGCGAGCACAAGGUCUGUUGUUAAAGAUGCAGGAGCAGGGACCAAAAAACAGACAACCAUCUCUUUUGCCAGAUACAGCUUUCUUUACUUGUAUCAGCUUCGUUUCUUUGAGCAUGCUGGAGUCAUAAAUGCCAGGUAUUUUCUUCCCCGAACCACAAGCUUCUCCUUCUGCACACACCAAGCAGGACUUGUGUUUUGAUACACUGCUCGCAACAAAAUCUGACGAAGAUGCACAGGCGUGGAAGCUAGAAUUUUGACGAGAACACUAAAAGUAUAAGUGAGGAGUAAUUUUCUAACUGUGUGGCUGCAAUAACUCUACAUGGCAUGUUUGUUUUGACCCCUAUUGCCAGCAGCUGAUGAUGCACAAUGUUGCGAUGUCAGAAUAUGAGAAAAUUGUAAGAGGAUGUUGUGGAGGAAAACUAGGCACUUGGUUUCUGUUUAGUGAGACAGCUACACAUGAUGUGUCACCUCUCCUUUGGCCCUAAGAGUGUGAUCCAACCCAAGUUAAGAACUUAAGGGGAAAGUCCAGCCACCAUUUGGUUCCACCAUGUUGAAACUGGGCUCUGUGUUUUGUUGGUAGCUUUUAAAGGGGAAAAGGUGAAUAUUUUAAAGGGUGCCUCUUUUAAAAUGCUCCCAGGUGCUUGGAGGCUGAGGAGUUUUUAAAAACCCUCUCUCUCCCUUGCAUGCUCCAAGGCAAUUGAGGCUGCUGGAGCCAACUGGAAGGAAAUGGUGAUCCCAUGUUUUUGAGCCCGAAGUCCUGGUGUUUUCCCUGGGAGAGGUCAUAACCGAGUUGCAUCUUUAUUGUUCCCCAUGGAAGUAAUUGGGCCAGUUUGGUGUAGUGGUUAAGAGCAGCAGAACUUUAAUCUGCGGAUAUACUUGAAAUGUUGAGCGUCUUUGUUUGGCUGCUCCAGAAAAGUGUAAAUUGUGUAAAUCUAAUCUGGAGAACUGGGUUUGUUUCUCCACUCCUCCUCUUGAAGCUAGCUGGGUGGCAUUGUGUCAGUCACAGCUCUCUCAGAGCUCUCUCAGCCCCACCCACUUCACAGGUGAUUGUCAUGACAAUAAUAACACACUUUGUAAACUGCUCUGAGUGUGGUAUUAAGUUGUCCUGAAGGGCAAUAUAUAAAUUGAAUGUUAUUAUUAUUGUUAUUAUAAAUACUGAACUUUGACUAGAUCUUGUGCUACACUUGCAGGGAUUACAUUUACCUCCAUGAGGGUAAUAUGGGAAAUUCAAUGUUUGCAUAUACAAUCCUGGUUCAGUAUUUUGUUUUAUUUGCAGAAUGGCAGCAGGGUUGCUGUUUUGUUCUAUUUGAACAGAGUCCCCAAUUCAUCUUUUUUUAAAAAAAGAAACAAACCUUACAUUAAAACCCCCUAAUACUACCAUUGGAGUCCUCACCCUUGAGACUGGACUGAGAACAGAUUGUUGUACUUAGUGUAAUAAUGUUUUAGAGACUUCAUAUGUAUAAUGCAGUGGUCCCUGAUUUUGUUUAGCAUGUGGAAACUCAGAAUUUUGAUCAUUGGUGCCACUACAAAAUGGCUGCCAUGGAGGGCUUGGGCCACACAGAAAAUGGCUGCCAUGGAGUAUUGGGGCCAUUCUCAAAAUGUUGGGGAGUUGCAAGCCAAGCAUAUCCCAACUAUGAAGUCCGUCAUUCCUGGAUUCAGUUCUGGUGAGGUGGAGGAAAUCUAAAAUUGGCUCUUUUGCUUGGGAAAGAGAUGUUUUGGGGAAGAAACUAAUGGGAACUGUGAAACCCAUCAUUGGGUGCUUUGUUGCCACUGAUGCUGUGUUUGGGAUCACUAGUAUAAGGCAUACAUAAAGCAGAAUAAGUGUGCUUUGUAAGUACACAUACUUUAAAAUAUUUACUCCCGCUAAUACACACUUACUCACUGGGCACAGUUAUCUACAAAACAUUUGCCUAACCUUGUUAGAUUGUUGCUGACUGGUAUAUUGAUAACCAGCCACAGCAGACAGUUUUUAGUGGUGGUUUAUGUAGGCAUUAGCAGCGGAUAAUGUUUAUCUCUAGUUUAUAAGAGGUGUCGCUAAUGUCUGCAGUCAGACUGCUGUGAAAGACUUAAAGAGCUGUUUGUUUAAGACAAUUGCUAAGUCUGGAUUUGCACUGAAGGGAAAACUUCAUCAGAUAAGGCUUCUGUUCAUGUUGUACCUGACAAAGUCUUCCCUCCUGCGUGACUUCAUUUGACUUAAACUUAUUCUUUAACAGUGCAGUCCUAAACAAAGUUUCACCCUUCUUUGACCUCAGUGGAUUUAGAAAGAUAACGCUCUGCUUAGGAUUGCACGGCAGAAAUCAUCAUUUUUAAAAUUCUGUCCUGCAGCUGGUUAAGGCACAUGGCUGUUUGUAAAAAGAUGGCAACCCUCUAGCUAUUUUUUUUUUACUGUUCUCAAGGUGUCACUGUUGGAAACUAAUUUGGAGAGUGCCAUUGUGACAGCUGCAGAUGAGAAGCAACACCCGUUACGUGCAUCAGCCACGUAUUAUCACGGUCAGAGCCACAGAAAUCCAGUGUGGCUUUCCAGAUCCACAUAUGUAUACUGAUGUGGCAGAAAACCUUAGUUGUCUCACCCUCAACACUCAGUUGUUUGUUUUGCUGCUUCCGGAAAUUAAUGGUGGCAUCACAGUAGAGAAUCUCAUGACUAUACUUGCACCAUCUUGGACUGGGAGUUACUGCAGUCCUGGCGUCUUUCCAACCCACCACCCCUUCUGCAGGUCUGUUGAUUUAACUGGACAAACUGACACUGCCCUCCCCGUUACCCCACAAAUGCACAGAGCCAUCCUGGAUAAAGGUUAGGGCAGAGUGACCCAGUUAAAACAACCCCUGAGGAUGACUGUUUGCCAUUACUAAUACAUUUCUUUCUGAGAAUGUGAACGGAUUGCAAUAAAGGAACAUAAUUGAGUUGCCAAAUAACUUCGGCUUCCAUCACUGAAUUUACCUGGUCUUCUCCAUUCCCUCGACUUUGAUUAUGGCUUGCCAAAUGUAGCACGUUGCAUUUAUGUGUUUGUGUUUGUGUAAAAGAGGUGAAAAUAUGUCGGUUAAAUUGAAUUUCUUCCGGGUUUUUUUACAGGUUGUAUUUCCCUUGCUCUCCUUGAUACUGUUGAUUUUGUAUACGUGUUUUUUUUAAUAAGAAAUGACUUUUCAGAAACCA